AUGCAGGAUUUAGCAGGGCCUGAUAUGCCCAGGAAAUCCCCAAUCUUUGAUGGCUUUGCCACCUUCUGGGGCUUGCUCUUUGGAUUAUUCAUCGCAAGUGCACCGGUGAUGGCUUGUCCCACAGGUUGUCAUUGUAUAGAGAAGAGUGGUAUGACGGUGGUCCAGUGUAUGUCUCGCAACUUGGAGAAGAUCCCAUCGGAUCUUCCAAGAGAUACUGUCGUCCUACUUUUGGCGUCCAACCACAUCACACACAUCCCCAACCAUGCCUUCAAAGAACUCCACUACCUUCAGGAGGUGGAUCUGUCUAACAACGAAAUUGAGACUAUGGACGUUGGAGCAUUUCAAGGUGUCUCUGACAGCCUCCUUGUGCUGGAUCUAUCAAACAAUCGUAUCCAAAGUGUCCCAAAAGAGGCAUUUGCCCGUCUUCGAGCAAAGAUCAGCCUCUCAAACAACCCAUGGCACUGUGAGUGCACGCUGCAGGAGGUCCUGAGGGAGCUGCGACUGGACCCCGAGACAGUGAACGAGGUGAUCUGCCACACAGCAGUGCAGGAGGAGUAUGCAGGCAAACCGGUAAUCCAGGUGCUGGACUCAGGGAUCAACUUCUGCAACUUUCACCACAAGACCACCGAUGUAGCCAUGUUUGUCACCAUGUUCGGAUGGUUCACCAUGGUGAUUGCGUAUGUCAUCUAUUACGUUAGACACAAUCAAGAGGAUGCUAGAAGGCACCUGGAGUACCUCAAGUCACUGCCCAGCAGCUCUCAGAUCAGCAAGGACUUCGACACCGUCAGCACUGUUCUCUAG